UGUUUACGUCUCCCUACUUGUCGCAUAUUUUGGUGGCUAAUUUUACAAAAUUUUAUAAUUAUAACUUUUAUCAAUAAUGGACAAUCCCUCGCAAGGAGACAGGGAGAAAUCGGAGAAAAAAAUUGCUAACCAGUCCAAACACAUUCCAAAGGAUGCACAGGUUAUUAUGUCCAUUUUGAAAGAGCUUGGAGUCGCGGAUUAUGAACCCCGAGUAAUCAACCAACUUUUGGAAUUUACUUACAGAUAUGUUACCUGUAUAUUAGAUGAUGCUAAAGUUUUUGCAAACCAUGCCCGAAAAAAAGUGAUUGAGUUGGAUGAUGUGAAACUGGCAUCUCAUAUGAUUUUGGAUAAAGCUUUUACUAACCCUCCACCACGGGAUGUUUUGCUGGAGAUUGCCCGCAAUCGUAACAACACUCCGCUGCCGUUAAUUAAGACCCACUGUGGGUUACGCUUGCCUCCGGAUCGUUAUUGCUUAUCGGCAUGCAACUAUAAACUGCGUGCCGCUCAGCAGGCAAAGAAAAUGACAAAAUCAGCAAUAGAAGGCCGUUCAACUAUAAAGUCCGUUCCCGGAAAAGCCAUGGCUGUUUCCGCAGGAGUUAAACGGCCCGCCGUUCAAUCCACUCCCAAAACGCAAGUGGUAGCCAUCCCGAAGCCGGUGUUCAAAUUUACCACGAAUGCAAAAACGGCUACAACGAAGACGGCUAAGAGUACUACGGCUGGAGGAGAUAUUCCAAGCACGAUUGAAAUUAAAACAGAAGUCGAAGAUCCUCUGUCAUUCGGGGCUAGCGAUACAGAGAUCGUGAAUAUGAAGCGUAAACGUGAGGAGGAUGACUUUGAAAUAGUUCCGUAAAUUAUACAGGAUUAAAGGGUUUGCUCAUGUGAAUCGUGAUUAAUUUUAGGCGAAUACAAUCAAAUA